AUGACCGACCAAGUCAAAUACAGGAAUGAAUAUCUGCUGGUCAGAUCCGCGGCUGAAACGAAUAUCGGGUACCUUCUACAUGGGGCUAUUGAACAGCAUGGCCAUAUGCGAAUCGCAGACGUUGGUACAGGAACAGGGAUAUGGCUCCGGGAGCUUGCGGAGGCUCUGCCAGAGAACUGUCAGCUUGACGGGUUCGAUCUGUCAGACGCUAUGUUCCCGAGCCAGGACGAAUUGCCAAGAAACAUUAAAUUUUAUCAUCAAAACUUACUCGAGCCGUUCCCAACCGAGCUUAUUGGUCAAUAUGAUGUUGUCAAUAUUCGAUUGAUGGUAGUUGCGCUGUCUGCUGGUGAAUGGGGACCAGCUGUGCGUAAUUUGAUGACGCUUCUCAAGCCUGGUGGAUGUCUGCAGUGGAUUGACUGCAUUGCACAUGAGUGUGUCAUUAAAGGGGUGCCAGAGGGAAAACAAGCUAACCAUGCCUUUUACUUUCACGACCUAUUCCGCCGAGUCUUAAUAUCUCUUGGCAAAACCCCAAACAUUGCCGCCCUGCACGGGAUUUUCCAGGACAGCGGUCUGGAAGCCUGUGAAGAAGACAUAAUUACCCUGGACCGACCGAGCGCACGGGAGGAACUGAGUCUUACGGUGGUUGAUGGGAUAAAUAAUUGUCUAACCGCGGCUCUUGGGUUGCACGAGUUGGAUCAAGUAGAAUCUGUUGAUGAGAUUCAGCAGCUCAGAGAGAAAGCCUUAGGUGAUUUGCAUAGCACCGGGUGCUACUACUGUUACGACGCUUAUGUCAUAUUGGGAAGGAAAGCAGGAGUCACUAAUUAG